UUCUCUCUCUCUCUCUCUCUCUCUCAUUCUCUCUCUCUCUCAUUUCCAGUAUUUAUUAUUCCACUUUAAAAAUCAUCUUCUAUACUAUACAGUUCCCUUUUAGCAAUGUCAGAAGAAAGUACUAGCUCCAACUCCUCUUCAUCUCCGCUACCAUCACCAUCUUUGCCCACAACCGCCGCCGUGGGCACUGCCAUUAGCAAGUCCAAAAUUAUUCAAGAACCAGUAGAAAAAAAAGCACCGAAAAGAAAAAAAGCACCGAAAAGAGCAAGAGAUAACAGUAGCAAACACCCAGUCUAUAGAGGCGUUAGGAUGCGAAGUUGGGGUAAAUGGGUAUCGGAAAUCCGUGAACCGAGAAAGAAAUCACGUAUUUGGCUUGGGACAUUCCCCACGGCGGAAAUGGCGGCCCGUGCUCAUGAUGUCGCCGCUAUGAGUAUUAAAGGUAAUGCUGCCAUUCUUAAUUUUCCAGAAAUCGUUGACUCACUGCCUCGGCCAGUUUCAUUAAUGCCGCGAGAUAUUCAAGCAGCCGCCGCCAAAGCUGCUUCAAUGGUUGAAUUCAACUCAUUAUCAUCGUCAUCUUCUUCGUCUUCGCUGCUGUCGGAAUCGUCAUCAUCAUCGUCGUCGUCUUCGGUGUCUGUGUCCGAUGAUGUUUCAGAAUCUGAAGAAUUGAGUGAAAUUGUCGAGUUGCCGAAUAUAGAAGGGAGUUUUGACUCGGCCGAAUCCGUGACUGAGUUUAUAUUGUUUGAUUCCGUUGAUGGGUGGGUUUAUCCACCACCGCAGGACAUGUGUGGAGAAUUUUCUGAUCAGUUAAUGGGAUUAGAAAGUCUGAUUUCCAGCAACUUUGGAGCUUCGGUUUGGGAUUAAAUGCUAAAUGGGUGUGUUUUUUACUUUUUAAUUUUAAUUUUUGUCCAUUAUUAGGUUAAUCAUAGUGAUUUUAGCUUUUAACUAGAUGCCAAAUGUUGAGCUACUUUUGCUGACAUGUGACUUCUGCUGCUGUAAUAUACUGUUCACCAGUAGCUUUUCUUUGUC